AUGGAAGUGUUCCUCUACAACCUUCCUUCCCAUCUCACCGAUCGAGCCCUGAGGACCCAGCUGAAUGCAUACUUGGGUACGCAGGGGAUAAAUGAUUGGUCUUGCCAUAAGGUGAAGAAGAAGAACUACGGCACAAUCACGUUCCUAUAUCGCAAUCAAGGAGAGUGGUUUCUCCAAGUGUAUGGCUCCAAAUCGAAGCUCACCAUCCUCGGCCGGUCCAUCGACUGUAAACUGAGCAACCGCGGCCCACCUGACGAGUUCCUUCUCAAAAGCCUCCUGAAGUCGGCGAAAGACCGAGAGUUAACCAAGAGUUUGCCACCCAGCAGUCGCGCUCCGAAAAUCACUUUCCAAAGCCAGACAUUCUCAUGCGUUGAUUGGCAAGGUUUGGGAGGCUAUGCGAAGUUCGCCAAACGCGCAGUCAUCAUCGAGUUCCCAUGUGGCCCUAGUCGGUCUGGGACCUACAGAGUGGAGAUACCGUAUCGAAUCAUUGAAGCUUUGGACAUCUCAACCCGACCACCAGCACUAACCUUCACGCUCUGGGAAGCCCCGAGGUUCUAUCUCGUUGAGUCCCAAGAUAUGAUUGCAGCCUUGAUUGCGCUGGCACUUACCCAUCAACCGCAACCGCAACGGACGCCGAAACGAAGACUUGUGGAAAUACUCGGAUUGGGUUUGGCCUAUCGUCUGUCCGUCACAUCCCUCGACUUCCACGAAAUGGUGAGGAGAUUGAAAGAGCGCGACAUUCUCACCAUCCACUACAGCGACAUUGCAAUCUCGUCACUUGGCUACCGCAGGGACCUAGUCACUGGAAUGAAGUUACUGAAUCAGGAGAUUCGAAAAUCGGCCCAUAUUUUACCCUUCACCUUGCUGUUUCAGAUGAAGGCAUUAGUGAAGAAUGGGUUCUUACUUCCGUGGGUGGUGCAAUCUCUUCUGGAAAGGAUGACGGAACUCGCCGCCAAACAUAAACAACCUCACGCAAAGGCUAGUAACAGUGAUGAUGAAGCAAAGCUCUUCUCGCAAAUCCCAUUCCCCGGCCCCGAGGUCCAAGCAUCAGCUUUCGACCCCGAAGAAAUCUGGACUUACCUGUUGAGGAAUGAAAAAGACAUUCGACUUGGGCAUGGAAAUAUGCUACUGACCGCAAAGGGUCGUCAGCGCCUUGUCGAGAUUCAUAGGGCGACGAUUACACCGACCGGAAUUGCUCUGCAUGGGCCGGACCUGGAAGCAAAGAAUCGAAUCCUUCGCAGAUUUCCAGACCACUCGGAGUACUUCAUGCGUGUUCAAUUCAGCGAGGAAGACGGCACUGACCUGCAAUUCAACUCUAAUCUGUCGAAUGAAGAGGUCUACGACCGUUUCAAGACUGUGUUUCGCGAGGGUAUAAGCGUUGCUGGAAGAGUUCAUUCUGCUUGGUUCAUGGCUCCAUUCUUUUAUGAAGGCAAGCUCCAAACUUACUUCUCCGUCAUUUCCUACCUGGGGAAGUUCGAUCAUAUCCAGUCCCCCGCGCGUUGCGCAGCACGUAUAGGACAAGCCUUCUCUGAGACACCCGUAGCGAUUUCCCUCGAGGCAAAUAACACACAGGUUUAUCGCCUCGACGACGUGAAGUCCCCAGAUGGCUCUCGUGUCUUCAGUGAUGGUGUUGGGACCAUUUCCACCACCUUUGUGAAGGCUAUCCACGCUGUGCUACCCCGACGCAAGCUUCAGGACGGCCCGACCUGUUUUCAAAUCCGUUGGGGCGGCGCGAAGGGGAUGCUGGCACUCGAUGCGAGACUGGGGACCGCCAGUAUUUUGUGUGUGCGUCCCUCCAUGCAGAAGUUUGAGAGCAACGACACUGCAAACUUGGAAAUCUGCGACAUGGCUAAUCAUCCAAUUCGUAUGGUGCUUAAUAGACAGAUGAUUAAGAUCCUAGAAGACAUGGGGGUAUCACCAGUAUGGUUCCUGGAACAGCAGGAGAAAACGUUGCUGAGUCUCCAGCUGACAACGGCACACAUUGCGAACACAAUUGCCUUCCUCGAGCAUCAUAACGUCGCCACCCGUGCCCGAUUGCCGAAACUCAUCCGAUGGUUGGAUGAUAUUCGGAUCGAUUACAGAAAGGACCCCUUUCUCUCAUCUGUCGUUGAAGCAGCUGUGCUUCGAGAAAUUCGCCUACUCAAACACAAAGCGAGAAUACCUAUCUCCCACGGCGUUACGCUGUUCGGUAUCAUAGAUGAGACGGGAUAUCUAGCUGAAGGGCAGAUCUAUAUUACCUUCGAUGAUGCUCACUUCAUCUCGACAAACUAUACGAUGCUGAACAACACCAGAAUGAUUGUCACGCGCUCGCCCGCUCUUCACCCAGGCGAUAUCCAGCUAGUAACAAACGUAGUCCCUCCGCGAGAACACCCUCUCCGUCAACUGAGAAACUGCAUCGUAUUUUCUCAAAAGGGGUCGAGAGAUCUUCCUAGUUGUUUGAGCGGUGGCGAUCUCGACGGAGAUGUCUACAAUAUCAUCUGGGACCCUGCUGCCGUCAGCCAGUGCACCCAUGUAUGGGAGCCUGCAGAUUACCCACGCGUGCCGCCAGUGGACAUCGGGAGGACAGUUACGCGAGAAGACAUGAGCAACUUCUUCAUCCAGUUUAUGGCAACGGACCAAUUGGGACUCAUUGCUGUCAAACACAUGAUACUCGCGGACCAAAGACCAAGUGGCACUCUGGAUUCAGAUUGUCUACUGCUUGCCAAUAUGCACUCCACGGGUGUCGACUAUUCAAAGACUGGGAUCCCAGUCGACAUGAAUUUGCUUAAGAAGAUAAGGUCUAACAAGUACAGACCGGACUUUCUCGCCCCAGUACCGCCGGCACAUAUCGUAGACAGGACACAGAUACAACUCGACGAACUGUUGGCGCCUUCGCCGGACGAUGAGGAAGAUGACGACGACGCCGAUGGGCCCAACCAUCUAUACUAUUAUUCUGAAAAAAUCAACGGAGUCCUGUAUCGGGCCAUAGAUGAACGAAAGAUCUGGUACGACAACAUCAAGAUACCUGUGGACCACUCACACGGAAUUUGCGUCGACCUGCUUCACUAUAUCAAAAGCCAAUGCGGCCCUGACAUACAUAAUAUUCAUAGUCCUGCAUGGAUCGACGCGAAGAAGGAAGCUUGGGACAUUCGUCGCGCCUACGAGGACGCGAUUUGGAAUGCCACCAUCGAAUUCUCGGAUCAUGCUGCUAGGCGUAUCACUGAGCUCGAAGUCUUCACAGGCGCUCUAUUCAACAGGAGUGGAGUGCAAACGAGGCGGCAGCGAGACCGCUCAAUCAAGUUGAAAGAUGAGUUCGACAGUAUUGCACACUGGGCUGAGAGUAUGAUUCGCAAGAGAAAUAUCAAGAGUGCAGCCGACGAGAACUAUCUGGAAGAUGCAGUAGUGCAACCGGGAGCGGGGAACUGUGUGGAGGCUCUGCGUCUGAGUAUCGCUUGUCUCCAAGUCGGCAUAAUGAAGGACGAGGACAGAGUGGGAUUCGGACGCACUGAUGAGGAAUUCCAAAGCUUCAAGUUUGUUGCUGCGUCGUGCGCGCUACAUGAAUUGCAAACAAGCCCAGAUAGACUAAUCUAUGAUCGGGUAUCGUUGGCGUAA